GUCAGUGUGUGUCUGUGUGUGUGUUCAGUCAGUAGCAUGGCGUCCCUCAGCCUCCUGCUGCUCAGCACCGCUCUGAUCCACAGCGCCCAGUCUCUGCCUGCAGCUCGCGGCGGGGGGCGUGGCCUGGACGUAACGGUGGGUGGAGUCAGACGCCAGCGCAGAGACCUGCGUAACCUGCUGCCUUAUGAGGACCAGAUGAUGUCAUAUCCUGUCACGCAGGGAGGAGGCAGGGCCAAUGACCUGUACUACCAAUCAGAUAACUGGAAGGGGAGGGGCUUGGAGCAGGCCCUGCGAUUGGUGGAGAGAGACCAGAGGCGGGAACAGGAAGAGGAGCAGCGAGCAGCCUACCUGGCCGCUCUGCUCCGCCUACUGAGCGAGGCAGAGAGUGCAGGAUUGGUUGGCCCGGGAGACGAGGAUGAUCAGGGGCCACCAGGGGACUUCCAGGGCCCAGCCCCUCCAGACUACGAUGAGACGGGACGGGGUAUGAGCAUGGGGAAGCCCCCGGCCGCCUGGUGGGGCCUCCUGGACAGGAUGGAGCCGCAGCUGGCUCAGACUCUGCUGGAGAGAGCGAGACAGGAGAGACUCCAGCAGGGGGCACCAGUCUCAUCCGGACUGAACAGAGACCGGGACACUCUGAGACGUCUGGUUGCUAGGAUACUGUCCAGCAUUGGCCCAAACGAUGCCCCGGUGAUGUCCUCCGGUCGCCGUGUGAGGAGGGACCUGCCCGUCACUGCAGCUGAACCUGUCGGCUCCGCCCACAGGAGAAUCCGGCGUUCCCUGGAUGACAUGGCUCCUCCAUCGCCUAGCAACAACCCCCCCCUCCUCAGAGUGAAGAGGCUGGAGGAGGAGGAGGAGAAGCUCCGCCCUCCCGCCACUGGGCUGCAGAGGAUGAAACGCAUCGACACCAUGGCAACCGCAGCUGUGGAAGAACUGAAUCAUGGGAGCCAUAGGCGUCAGAGGAGAUCUGCCCUGAACUACGACCCCCAGAUACUGAUCGAUCAGAUUCUGGAGUACAUGAGGGAGUAA